UAGUUUUAGUUUUAGUUAUAGUUAUUGAUUUUUAUUUUGGGUAUUUUUGUAUUCCGAAUCUCUACUAUUAAUCAUUCACUUGAUCCCAUGUGAAAAAGGUAGAAUUAAUGUUCAUACUUCUCCAGCUAUUGAUCUUGGUCGAUAACUCUGAGAAGACUAUAUCUAGACCACCUUUUUCCAUUGAAUUGGUUAGAAGUAAUUGUCUGAAGUCUUUAACUGCAUAUAAGUAAACGCCAUGGAAUCUUCGCUGCUUUUCAACCAGCUCCGGGCGGCUGAGCCCUUUUUUCUAUUGGCUGGUCCAAACGUGAUUGAAUCAGAGGAGCAUAUAUUUAGGAUGGCCAAGCACAUCAAGAAUAUAUCAUCGAAGUUUGGUUUGCCACUGGUUUUCAAGUCCAGCUUUGAUAAAGCUAACCGUACAUCUGCAAAAUCCUUUCGUGGUCCAGGCAUGGUUGAAGGCUUGAAGAUACUUGAGAAGGUUAAACUAGCAUAUGAUAUACCCAUAGUGACUGAUGUGCAUGAAUCCAUACAGUGUGAAGCAGUUGGCAAAGUUGCGGAUAUUAUUCAGAUUCCUGCGUUUCUGUGUCGACAGACUGAUCUUCUAGUUGCAGCAGCCAAGACUGGGAGAAUUAUAAAUAUUAAGAAAGGCCAGUUUUGUGCUCCUUCUGUAAUGACAAAUUCUGCUGAAAAGAUCAGAAUGGCUGGAAAUUCAAAUGUGAUGGUUUGUGAGAGGGGAACUAUGUUUGGUUAUAAUGAUUUAAUUGUUGAUCCUCGGAACCUUGAGUGGAUGAGAGAGGCAAAUUGCCCUGUUGUUGCCGACAUUACGCAUUCAUUGCAACAACCUGCCGGGAGACAGUUGGGUGAUGGAGGUGUCGCUAGUGGUGGCCUACGUGAACUAAUACCAUGUAUAGCGAGGACAGCAGUGGCUGUUGGAGUAGAUGGGAUAUUCAUGGAGGUACACGACGACCCUCUGAACGCUCCAGUUGAUGGUCCAACACAGUGGCCUUUGCGCAAUUUGGAGGCAUUGCUGGAAGAGCUUGUGGCAAUUGCACGGGUGAGCAAGGGUAAACAGCGUUUUAAUAUCGACUUGACGCCGUUUCGUGAUUAAAGGCACAACGGACCACGAAAGUUCGAGGUAUGAGAGGCUAUGAUUUCAGUACUCCAUUUUUUAAACUGAUUGUUCACAUUGUCCCUACCAAAUUAGUUUGGUUUUGUGUAGAUACUUCUGAUGUAUCGUCUAAGGAAUAUGUUGAGUUUGUUUUUCUUUUACACCAGUCAUGAAUCAUGAAUCAUGAA